AUGCCACCGGUGAUUGUUUCGAAUGGUCGGCAGUUUCAAAACUUUCUCAAACAGCAUAGGAGUGAACUCAUCCGGCUAUGCGUUGAGAUCGAAGCUAAAUCUGGUGAAACCUUGUUCGAGGAAGUUAAACCGAAAACCCCAGAACCAACACCCAAGACCCCUGAAGUCGUUGUAGAUGAUUUCGUAGGCGUGGCAGAGGAAAUGGGAGAGAAAGAUGAUGAGUACGAGAGUCGGAAGGAAGACGGUGAAGAUAAUGUAGGAAAUGAUCUAGAUGAAGAUGAAGCAGAUGACGAGGACAACAGUAGAUUUGAUUACUGUGACGACAGCGAUGGUGCAAGUUCAGGGGAUGAAGACUAUCUGCUGUACUCCAACUUCGCCCCGGAUGAAGCAGAGGAAUCAUUGGACGACGGACCUGGGGGUGGGUCUUGUAUAGAGGAAAAUGUGUGUAACACAGAAUCAAAUAACCGUACCCGCAAGACUAACUCUGCAGCUGAUGCAAUUGAGAAGGAGGUUCGCAAAAUAGAAAACGGAGGUGGUGAUAUUGUUGUGGGGGAUAAGUUUGAUAGCAAAGAAACGUUGGUGGCAAGGUUGAGGGUGCUGAGUGUAUUAGAUAAAUAUGAUUACAAUGUUCGAUAUUCAACGCCCGUUUUGUUAAUCGUUGAGUGUUGGGUAAAAGGUUGUAAAUGGAGAAUACGGGCUUCAACCAUGGGUGAUUCGCCGGUGUUUCAUAUUCGCAGAUAUUGUCGUGAACAUACUUGCUCUGUUACGGAACGAUAUGGCCGUAGCCGUAAUGCUAAACCACCAAUCCUAGCUCAAUUAUACAAGGAUUAUGUUGGUGGUGUGGGAAGUUCUGUUGUGCCAAAUCUUGUUGGGGAUGGGCUCAACCUACGAUAUGGUGUACAGCUUGGCUACUGGAAGGCACAUCGUACACUUAUAAAGGCGCGGGAGUAUGUUAGGGGUACACCUGAAAGUGGAUACGCUGAAUUACCGGCAUAUUUAUACAGGCUGAGGUCCUCUAAUCCGGGGACCCUUACUAGACUGGUCGUUGAUGCAGAAGACAGAUUCAAGUAUGUUUUCAUUGCGAUUGCUGGAUGCAUUAAGGGUUUCAGGUAUAUGCGGAAAGUUGUAGUUGUAGAUGGAACCUUUUUGAAAGGUGAAUUCAAAGGGACUCUUCUGAUAGCGACAACACAAGAUGGGAAUUUUAAUAUUUUCCCUCUGGCGUAUGCGGUUGUUGAUACAGAGAACGACGUGUCGUGGGAAUGGUUCUUUACUCAAUUAAGUAGUGUAAUUCCUGAUGAUGAAGAGCUUGCACUGAUAUCUGACCGGCAUAAAUCUAUUGGUAAAGCUAUCGCUAAAGUGUACCCCCUGGCAAGUCGAGGAAUCUGCACUUAUCAUCUUCACAAGAAUAUUAUCCUGAGAUUUAGUGGGAGCGAAACAUUCCGGCUGGUAAAAAAAGCAGCUGCAGCGUACCGUGUAGUUGAUUUCGAAGAAAUCUUCCAGCAAAUUCAAGAAGCGAAUCCGCAACUGCAUGCUUACUUGGUUCGUGCAGAUGUAACCAAGUGGAGCAGGGCGCACUUUCCUGGUGAUAGGUACAACUUCACCACGAGCAACAUUGCAGAAUCGCUAAACAAAGUACUGAAUCCUGCCAGAGCCUAUCCCAUUGUAGAGUUACUAGAAGCUGUUCGGAAUAUGUUGACACGUUGGUUUGCUACAAGGAGAAAACAAGCUGCCGCAAUGCCAACUUUACUCACCAAAGGAGUGGAGAACCUGUUACAGGCACGUAUUGAACAGUCAAGGCGUCUAAAGGUUCAAGAAAUUGAUGAAGAUCGAUUUGAAGUAAGUGGUGGUAACUCAACGCAUGUUGUCAAUCUGAGGUAUAAGAGGUGUUCAUGUAGGCGUUUUGAUCUAGAGAGGAUGCCAUGCGUACAUGCUAUCGCAGCCGCAUAUACGGCCAACAUAUCAGUUAUAAACCAGCACCAUCCAUACUUCCGCAGAGACAGCCUCUGCAGUGGGUAUGCGGAGGCGAUAAUGCCGAUAGAUACAUCCUGCAUCGUUCCUACUGAUAUUACACCGUCCAGAUGUAAACCGCCUUUUGUUAGGAAUCCUCCAGGAAGGCCAAAGAUGACGAGGAGGAAGUCUUUUGUCGAGGUUGCGUUGGAGACGAAGCGGCCCCGCAAACAGCAUGCUUGUUCUCAGUGUCAACAGGUUGGCCACAACCGUACAACAUGUCCAGCUAAUACGUAG